AUGUCGAACACACCAUACAAAACCUCACAUCCCUACUAUGAAGGGCCGGAAAGUACCGGGCAAAAGCGUGCCUGGUCGCAAGACACUCCCUAUAGUAGAGAAGAGAAUCGUGAUCUCGUACGAAGGCAGAUUGGAAAGCUAGUUAUUAUUCCAAUGGAUAUGCCAGAGUCAGCUCAAUAUGUAACUGACAUGGUCGAGAGAUACCAUAUUGGGGGUGUUUUGCUCUGUCGACGUAGUAUUAGACAUGCUGUGGAUAUAAGUCGAAUUGUACGGGAUUUGCAAGUUACUGCUCGUAAGGCGGGUCAUUCCCAUCCUCUGUUCAUUAUGAUUGAACAGGAGAAUGGCAUGGUAAGGAUGAGAAACCUCUGUUGGGUUAUCGAGAAGGCCAUGUUAAUAAUCUGCUAUGCACAGUUCUCUCCUUUCGGGAAUGGUGAUCUAGGAACACAAUUUCCGGGGGCUCUCGCGGUUGGGGCCUUCAGAUCGUCUGAAAUCCUCUACGAUAUUGCUCGCGCAUCGGCCCAGGAACUCCAGAGCCUUUCUGUUAACACGAAUGUAGCCCCGGUGUUAAAUAUUGAGGAACAAAGUCCAGAAGGACUCAGCUCGAGAAUGUUUGGAGACGAUCCCGCCAAUGUAUGGAGAUGUACGAGUGCUAUUCUAGAUGCGCAUCGAAGUACCAAUCUUGUGAGCAUUGUCAAACAUUUCCCGGCUCCCCGCCAGGGUAGUGGUGGAAUUCUGGAUACUCGAAAUAUUGCGACUGAACCUCGAUAUGCACCAUUCCGCAAAGCGUUUGAAAAUGGGGUCGAUGGGGUGUUACUUGAACCGACAAUGUGGGCUGCUUCAACCGACACAACAUUUGGUGGCAAAGAUUCGCUUCCCAAAAACCUGAUCCGAAAACACUUACAGUACGAAGGGGUUCUAAUUGGUUCGGUCGACAAGAUGUCGGAUGAUGCUGCAGGGAGGUGUGCAAGUAGAGGACAGUUAUCGAUUAGAGGCUUCGUCAACGGCUGCGAUAUGUUGAUUUUGUGUGAACACCCUCAUGAUGUCACCGAUGCCUUGGAAGAGAUUUAUACGGCGGUGGAAACCGGAAAUAUCACACGGGCGUCCUUGGAGCAAUCGUGGGAGAGAAUCAGACGAGUCAAGGAACGGUAUCUCCGAUGGGAAGAAGCAAUUGACCCGCCGCAGAUCCAUCUGACUCUUCAAGCUUUAAUGCGACGAAACCGAGAGCUUUCAUUCAGAUCGUACGAGAUGGCAACAACAGUUAUCAAGGAUGCUCGAAAUCUUCUGCCGUUAACCAAAUCCCAAAGACAAAGUGCUCUAAGGCAGGGCGGAACUUGCGUACUUCUAACACCGGUUGCGCCACCGCGAUUCCCAGGCCAAGUUGGCGUCGAUCCAUUCGAAUAUCUCGGGAGGGCGAUCAACGCGCGAAGUAUAGCCGUCAGCCAUGCACCAUACACUCACGAAGGGCUACAAGAGACGCACACGAGCCUUCUCAAGAAGGCAAAUAUCAUCAUAUUUGUCCUUUCCCUCGACACAGACCCAGAGUAUCGGUCGCAAAUCGAGACGAUGAGAUCGCUAGCCCGACAACGGUUGGUGUUAGAACCACCCAUAAUCGUUAUUACGGCGUGCAGCCCACGUGACAUGCUACCCGAGGUCCCUUUUCUCGAAACCGUCGUUUCAUGCUACGAAUAUUCAAGAGAGGCUCUCGAGUCUGCUGUUUCUAUCAUCUUCGGAGAAGUUAAGGCCACAGGCGUUCUUCCUCUUCGCAAGUCGCUUCCUCUAAAUAGCGGAGCCCCAGUCGACAGCUUUCAACGAUGGGAAGUGCAUGAGUGGGAGAAGCGCCGAGAUUUAUACGCCAGUGCUGAUUUGUGGAAGAAAUGUUUCGGCUGGAAUCCUAGUUGGAAUCUGAACUCAAGCAUUCUCAGUGACUUGCUCGACCGACCCGGCAAUGCUAAGCAUUAUGUUGUUAAAGAUCCGAGAAGCCAUGGGAAAAUUUUGGGGUUGUGCGCAACCUAUACUAUCCAUGCAGGCAAAAACCUGGUGGGGAGUAUGGCUCUACUUAUGGUAGACCCGGAUUUCAGAAACAGUGGUAUUGGUACUGCACUACACGACGAGGCGUUCCAGUUCAUGAGAGCGCACCCUGAAAUAGAUAGCGUGCAGCUUGGGAGUAUCUUUCCCCGUUUCUUCCCAGGAUUGCCUGAGUUGUUGCCAAAAGAACAAAAGGAAUGGUUCAAACGUCGAGGUUGGAAAAUCGAAGACAAUUUUAUUUUUGAUCUGUACCAAAACAUAACCAACUGGCGGCCAUCACAACAGGACGUCUUCGCGGAUCUAAGUCGUCAGGGAAUCACCUUUGGUGUCUGCAACCCCGGCGUUUUCGACAGUCUGAUACAGUUUGAGGACAAGCACUUCUCAAGCUAUCCUGGAUGGGUCGAGAAGUACCGUGCUUUGAAGGACACAAACGACUAUGCAGAUGCCGUUCUCGCCUUUGGCAUCGUUCCCGACGGACAAAGCGCUAUUGUCGGGGCCGCCCUAGUAUUUUCCGGUGCUGGCAGCAAUAAGAUCUCUAAAGAGGUACCUUGGCCCAAAGCAAUUGGUGACCGAGUCGGCGGCCUUGCUUGUGUCGGAAUGGGUCCGGAAUUUCGCGGCCGAGGUGUUGGUAUCGGGUUGGUCUGUGCUGCUAUAAUAGAAUUGCAGAGCAGAGGAUUAACAGGCUGCUUUGUUGACUGGUCAACCGAUAGGCAAGUUUAUGAGGAACUCGGUUUCGAAACCCACGGCAAAUAUCAUAACAUGGCAUGGCGUAAAGUAUAA